AUGGCACAUGUCGACAGCGCUAAAGAAUUCGACGCAGCGAGGGCCUACCUCAAAGAACUGGACGUGACCAACUUCGUCUGGACGGGACUUAAAAGGACUAAAUCUAGCGAACCAUUCCUUUGGCCGGAGUCGAAGGAGAUGAGCGAGCCGGAAGGACGGUGGGCGGUGGAAGUGCCCAAGAUGGAGGAAGCCCUCUGCGCUGCCACGGACCCCUCUGCCGACUUCAGGUGGCAACCCCUGCCCUGCUCAGGACCCACCGUGGCUGCCUUCAUAUGUCAGAUGAAUGUACCAAUAUGGGCUCAAAAUGAAAAUGGAUGUAUGCUGACAUCACUACCUUCAUUAACGGUUACCUUUUUACCAGAACAAGGUGCAGUAGAGUUAAUUUCAGACUGUGGUCUAGAGGGUACCCGUAGAAUAGCUUGUAAAGGUCAAGCAAACCGAGAUGAAAUGAUACGCCAACUCGCUUGUGAAAGUAGUACAGAAGCAACUCAGUUCGAAACGUCAGAGGAAACCCAACAGACACGUCACAGAAGAGGCAGCGAAGCCACAACACCAACAUCAGUAGUGCCAAAUGCUACACAAGAAAUGACAGUCUCAGAAGAAGUUUCUACAACAACAGAAGCAGUGACUACCAUUGCUACUACUUUGCCAACAAAAUCACCAACUGUAGUUACACAAAUAACAUCAACGGAAACUCCUACCUCAGGCCCAGGCCAAAUGGAAGUUGCAGUCGAAAUAAAAGAAGCUGGUUCAAAGGUUGCAAUUAAACGCACACUUAGUUCCAAACCUAUCCCACCUUCUUUAAAAGGGAAUUCUCCAUUUAUUGAAGAAGUAAAGAAUAAUACAGAAGAAACUGUUCCCCUCGAAUCUCAUGAAGCCUUGGGUGAAGCCGAUGUAACCAGUUCAGUAAGCCCAGGAACACACCCUGAGAUGGAAGAAUACAAGAAAAAUGCUCAAGAUUCUGGUGAAGAUCAUGACACAGUCGACCAAACAGACACAACAGAGCAUACAACAGAUGGAGGACAGCAAACAACUCUUCAAAUAAUGGAAGCAGCAGAUCAACCAAUGUCAGACGAUCCAGAACCUCCUGAGAGGCCCAACAGAGGGCGCCUUUUGAUACACCCUCAACAUCAUUCCUUCUAUGCUUACUUUUUGAACCGUGUUUUAGGAUAAAUCCUACAAUUUAAUGUUAAAAAUUUAUUUUAACUUUCUCGGUGUCAUUCUUAGUUGUCAUAUUUAGAUUUUAUGAAGAAGAGUUGUGAGGAGAGAAAUGUCAUCAAUAUGAUGUUCAUUAAAUUUGUACCUUCCUAAUGAUUGUUGUUCUGUUGGUUUAACUUAAAGUCUUAGAGAUAAUGAUCAACGAAACAUCUCAUAAUUUUAGCCUUUAAGAUUGAUAUAAAAUACAACAAUGGAUGUUUAGGAUAAGAAAUGAAUUUACUCAUUUUGAGGGGAUACUUCCAGAAUUACACUGCACAAACUUAGAACUUACACUAUUUCCCCUCUACUUCCUCUACAUUAAAUGUAGAAGUAAGAGUUAGUUUUUAUUCUGCUCUUAGACUUAACAAAAAUAUUUGAAGAGUCAAGUUUAUUAUUUGUUUGAUUGACUUUGAAGAAAAAUAAAAUACGUAUAUAUAUCUCAUUUUCUGUAAUAUAAUAGAUAGAUAUAUUAUAUAAAUUAGAUCCUUCAUGGGCUCCUUUAAAACAAACCAAGGUUAUUGUUUUUUUGUUUUUUUAGUAAAGUGAAGUAAGGACUUCACAUUUCUAUUUUGUGUUAUAACACUUCAACAAGUAAACUAACAAAAAAAAAAUCCUUAUAUCCUUAUUUGCAUGAUGAACAGUAAUCACAUCAUUAUGAAGAAUAUUGAUGUAUUUAAGUAAAUUUAAAAUUAAGUUAAUAAAUAUUUAGUUUUAUUAGAGCAAAAGUUAUGUGCUUCAAUACAGCAGAUUAAGUACUCAAAUCAAUUGUAGUAAAUAGUUUCCAUAAUAUAAAUUAGAUUUAAUGUAAGAUUAUCAUCUAAAUAUUAUGUAAUUGUAACUUGGAUGCAAACAAAAGAAUAUGAAUGAAAUUUAUCCUUUCACAAAGGUGAAAGCAAUUCAAAAGGAUAAAUCAUAUUCUAGGAAAGUCUAACUUUUAUACCUAUAUUUUUAUUUUAUUUUUUUGCCAAUGAACAACAAAUUAUGUAAAGUUUAUCAAGUGGUUUAGUCUUUUCUAUCCUUUUAUAAAUAAAAUUUAUUGAAAGAUUUAUUCAAACUAAAGUACUUCAUAUUUUAUUUUGCUAAUCAUUUUUGAUGCCAAAACUAAAAGAAGUUUUAAAUGGUGGUGUAGGUUACCUAAGUUUAUAUUAUUAACAAAAUGUGGCAGACCAAUGGGUAUAAAUCAAAAAAGCAACUAGUAAAACUUUUGCAGAAAUGGGUAACGAUUGUUAAUACAGAAAAGAAAGAAAUGAAAAUGUCAAGCUUAAAUAAAUAAAUAAAAAAAAAUACAACAUUAGUAAGGAAGAUUCAACAAUUUACAAAACGAAUUUUACCAUUUACUUGAAGAUAUUUUAUUUGAAAUUACUUAUUUCAUUGCUAGUCAAUAUUUAUUUAAAUAAUGCUUGAUGGAUAAUUUCUUACUUCUCAAAUAUGGCCCGAAAGCUAUAUUAUCAAAAAAUAUUGCUGCUAUUAAGAACAAUUAGUUUAUUAAAUUUUGUAAGAUAGAUCAUUUUUCAUCCUAUUAAAUAUAGAUAUAUCCUUGUGAUUAUAAUAUAAUUUGUUGAUGUGAUGUAAUGCCCCAUUUAUUCUCUUAUUGUAUAAUGGAAAAGGUUAAUCACAUUAACUAAUGAAUAUGUCGUACUAAUGAUGUGAGGAUUAUUAAAUUCAUAAACUUUCAAAUUAUAAAAUUAUAUACUUCCAAAAUAUUUAAGUGUAUUAAUUUCAUUUUUUACGUAAUAACUUAUUCAGUAAAUUUCCCCUAUUUAAUGUUACCAUAAUCACACAUUAUUAACACACAAUGGAUUAAGACAAAGUGUCAUUAAAUGAUUACUAACUCCAUUAUUUUACAAAAUACGACCAUCCCUAAAUUACACACAAUCAGAUAUUUUCUUUUGUUUCGCCAAGACAACAUUGUUUCUUGCUGCAUUCAGUGUUGAAAGUUAGGGAAAACCUUACUACUUUUUUCUGUAAUUUAAAUAAGUAUAAGUUUACCCUUAAUUUGAUAAUUCACAUGUUUUAAACAUUUUUAUUCAAUAUAGUAUUAAUUAUUGAUGAACUAAUGACAUUUUUAUAUUUUGUUAUAUGCUGAUGAGUUUUAUGUUGUUUUUAAAUACACAUGUUAUAUAUUAGUUUUUUAACAACAAAUUUGAAAAUAUAUUAUAUGAUUUUUUCCCAUAAUUGGCUCAUAAAUAACAUUUUACAGGACACUGAAUAAGAGAGAAUUUACUCUGUCCAUAUUCAAUGUUAUAUAUACGUUUGUCUAUUUUUUUAAAUUUUAAUUUCUAAAACAAAUCAGUAUUUAGAAUACGCUUAUUUAAUUUUAGAAUUUUUUUUCCUUUUAUUAAAUAUAAUAUAAAUGUAUUCUAUAGGCUAGAUAAUAUUAACUAAAGCUCAGUGAAUUUAAAUUGUGAUAGAUGUGGCUUGAUUAAGAGAUUCAAUAGAAUCCAUCUAUUAUAUCCACUAUCUACUUUUAUAUGUGGAGUAUUAUUAUCGAUAUUGCUGGAUUUUAUUAUUUCUUUGGUUUUUAAUAAAAGUUCCUUGUAA